AUGGAUCGACAACCGAGUCGUAUCCACCAGACCUUCGGUGAAACAAGCCUCGGAUGCAACGCCACGGCAAUCCAAGGCUUUUUUCAGGGAUGCAGCAUUACCACGAACGCUGCAUUAACCCCCGAGACGGUCUUGCAGAUUGAGCUACUUACCAAACUCCUUUCCGCUACUCAUCUACCGGCAGACUCAUCUCGGAUAUUCAUGAGCGUCAGCCAGCUUGGCUUCCUUGGUGGAAGCAAGGAGCAAGUCCUCCGAGAACAUGACGCCAAGUCGGUUAUUGGGAAUGUCAACAAUAUUCUUCAAGAGCUGUCGCGUCCGCUGGAUUCAACGGAUGCGAGUGGGAAUACGUUACUUGCGCAGAAAUCUUUCAAAGCGAAUCAUACUGAGCGCGCUGACGCUCUAGCUAUGCUUGGGAGGAUUUUGGACGCAGCUACCGAGGUUCAUAUCAACAAUGAAGCGAUCGCAUACCGCAGAAGCCGCCCGGGGGAUUUCGAGUCUAUGAGGAUGGCGAGGAUUACGCACGAGCGCGCUAUACCUCAUUGCAAGGUGCGCAUACAAGCAUGGAAGAGUGAGGUCCAGAACAAAAAGGGACGCAAGAGGAAGUACGAGCGAUUCAGUGCCAGGGUGGAUAUCCAACCGGAACUUGUGGGAGACGUCGAGCGAAGAUCCUGCAUAUCAGUCUAUCUGCACCAAAUUGUAGAUUUCGACCAUCUGGUGGCUCGGACGACACUUCUACCUCCUGCGAUAAUAGCACGAAGAAUGGUCCCGGAUAAUUCGCCUGUUUUCCAAUACAUUCAAGAGAACAAUUUCAAGGGAUUUCAACAGCUUCUCCACAAAGGCGACGCAUCGGUGUGGGAUUGUGAUUCCUCUGGCCGCUCUUUGAUCACGUGCGCAUUCCGGUUGGGUCGAACCCAGUUCUGUCGUUACCUGAUCGAGAACGGGGCGGAUAUAGAUUGCGUGGAGCAUUCCUUCCUUAGUCCAGGCAGAUAUGUGCCCCUUUUAGAUCAAACGAUCCUCGAAGAAAUGGGAUUUUUAAUUCGCUUUCCAAGGGAUCCUAAGCUGCUUGAUAGCUCCGAGCGGCUUGAUUGCUCCAGGCCGCUCGACAGUCCUGAACCACUCGAUAGGGAUCUCGCCUUCAAUGAAUGUCGAAGAAUGAUAUUGGAAGCUGGUGCCGAUCCAACAACAACCGUAGGAGAAAGGUGUCUCUUCUUAAGGAUGUUGUGCUCCACAAAGUUUGAGGAACGGAAUCUCAGUAAACCUACUGUACUCAAUCUUAUUCUUCGACACAGUUCCCAUUAUCUUCGCACAAAAGAACGCGAUUCUAUGGGCCGGACGCUCUUGCUUCAGUACUGCGCACCUGCAGAAGAAAGUUUGGGCCCAAGAGUCCAGGGCAUCAAGACUCUCCUCCAACUAGGAUUUAGCCUUGAUGAUCGAGAUAAUGAACUGAAUACUUGUCUGCAUCUCUCUCUGGAACACUUUCUGGCAUUCAUAGCUGGAUCUCAAGAUUCCAGUCCAGACGAUGUUGAUAGAAAUAUUUUUGGGUCCAUAGACGCGAUGGUCUAUAUGCUGCGUUGCGGUGCGGACAUUAACGCUGUGAACAGGAACGGCGAGACGCCAGCCGACGUGGUGCACCGAAACAUCGACUUUCCGCUAGCGGAUUACAGUGAUGGUUAUGCUAGUCUUUUGGAGGUGUGGGAGGAUGUGUUGGAUGAGUAUUAUAACGGCACAAUAAGUGAGGAGGAGAGUGGGGGAGAUGGAGAGGACGACGACGGAGGAGGCGUCGUCUUGCAGGAGGAAGAAUAG